AUGUCUAUCAUAAAUGACCACCUAGAGUCCAUCUGGGCUGCCAGCCCCUCCACCACCAGGGGUCAGCCCACUCAGCUUUCUGCGGACGCCAAGGGCGAACGGAUUGCAUAUGCGGCAAACAAAUCGGUUUUCCUCCGCUCGAUUGACAACCCCGCCAUCGCCAGGCAGUACACCGAACAUAAGACGCAGACCACUGUUGCCCGCUUCUCACCCUCGGGCUUCUAUGUUGCCAGUGGUGAUGCCAGUGGUAUAGUGAGAGUCUGGGACUGUGUUGGAGAGGGUAUCACCAAGGGCGAAUACAGCAUUGUGAAUGGCCGGAUCAAUGAUCUUGCCUGGGAUGGCGAUUCCCAGCGCAUCAUUGCCGUCGGUGAUGGAAAGCAGCGGUACGGCCACUGCAUUACUUGGGACAGUGGUAAUACUGUCGGAGAGAUCUAUGGCCACACCCAACAGAUCAAUUCCGUUUCGAUCAGGCAGCAAAGGCCAUUGCGGGCCGCUGCUGCCGGUGACGACAAGAACCUAGUCUUCUACCACGGUGCACCAUUCAAGUUCAACACGGGAAUUCGGGAUAAGCACACCAACUAUAUCUAUGGAGUCGGCUUCAGCCCGGACGGCUCGACAUUGGUCAGUGUUGGCGCGGACCGCAAGAUCUGGCUGUACGAUGGCAAGACGGGAGAAGUCAGAGGCCAGAUUGGCGAAGGAGAGCACAACGGCAGCAUUUUCGGCCUUUCGUGGUCUAAGGACUCGCGGAAGUUUGCGACAGCCAGCGCAGACAAGACUGUCAAGAUUUGGGACGUGGAAGCGGGCAAGGUUACCCAGAGUUGGAAUAUGGGAGAGGAAGGAGCUGCGAAUGUUAAGGACCAGCAGGUCGGAGUGGUCUGGCCUCAGGGAAGAAGCGAUGGCCUGCUGAUCAGUCUUUCGUUGAGCGGCGACCUUAAUUACCUAGUUGAAGGCACCCCGAAGCCCAGACAGGUCGUCCAGGGACACCAGAAGAACAUCACGUCCUUGACCCAGUCUCGCUCUGGCAGCGAUGCUGAGACCCUGUGGACUGGAAGUUUUGACGGCCGGGUCUGCAGCUGGGAUGUUCCCACGGGGGCUGCGGAAGAAAUGGAAGGCGACAGCCACACGACCUAUAUUGCAGGUCUCGCACCUACACAGGAAGGCAAUGGUCGGAUCUACAGCGUCGCCUGGGACGAUACCAUUCGCUCCGUGGAUAUUGGUGCCAAGACCUAUACCGGAAUCUCUUCUAAGCUGUCGGGACAGCCCAAGGGCGUUGCAGCCGCAAAUGACUUGGUGUUAGUGGGAGCGUCGGAGAGCGUUGAGAUCUACAAGGACGGACAGAAGACUGGCGACUUCAAGCCUGACUUCCCCGUCACUGCGGUUGCGGCUCAUGGCAACGUUGCAGCUGUCGGAGGUGAGAACGCGACCGUACAGAUCUUGGAUAUUGCGGCCUCGAGCCUUUCCCCCAAGACUACCAUCAAGGCUACGCGGAAUGCGGUGUCUGCCUUGUCUUUCUCAUCCGACGGAUCUCUCCUGGCUGUGGGCGACUCUCGGGGUCGCAUCCUUGUUUACAAGGUCGCAGACGGUAGCCUUGUUACGGAUCGUUGGACGGCGCACACCUCUCGAAUUACUUCACUUGCCUGGAACGAAGACAAUGACCACCUGGCCAGCGGGUCAUUGGAUACCAACAUCUUCGUCUGGAGCUUGUCCAAGCCCGGCGACUGGCUUCAGGUGUCUAACGCUCACAAAGAAGGCGUGAACGGUGUUGCCUGGAUCGCCGGGGGAUCUAAGAUUGCCUCAGCCGGUGCUGAUGCGGCAGUUAAGUUACGCUACGCAACCUUCGUCCUGCCGAGAACAGGCCAGCGACUCAAAGGCCUCGUUAAUUUACGAAACCCGUAUCCUGACCCACAUGGGAGUAACGACAAUGAUGAGCGACGGCCACUUCUACCCAGAAAUGUCAUCGAGUGCCCCAAGAGCCUUCCAGCACGGUUCUGGUAUGGACUUCAACAUAUAUGGUCUUGGAUGCAUGAGUUCGUUUCGUCGGAGCUAGGAAUCGGCGUCUUGAAGUGCAGUCUAGCUUACCUGCUUGGAUCACUCGCAACUUUCGUUCCGGCCAUUGCGUCGUUCCUGGGCCAUCAAGAUGGCAAACAUAUGGUUGCUACCGUUACGGUCUACUUCCAUCCAGCGAGAUCGCAGGGCAGCAUGUACAAGGCUUUGAUAUGUGCCUUUCUCGCCUUCCUCUAUGCUGCCUUCAUUUCUCUCACCAGCAUGUGUGUCUCCAUGUUCUUUCAGGACACUUUGCAUAUGCUCCCUGUGGGACAUGCCCUCGUGCUCAUUGUAUUCUGUGGCGGCGGGUUAGGCUUUAUCGGAUGGACGAAACAGAGACUCGGCGAUCCGCUUGUUAACGUAGCAUGCUCGCUAGCUUCGUUGUCGACAAUAACCGUCUUAACGAAGGAGGGUGCAGUCCAAAGUGGGGAUCUAUCGUUUGCGAAGAUCUCUCAGGUACUGAAAAUGGUCGUAAUGGGCGUAACCAUCACCAUGGCCGUGUCUUUCCUGAUCUUCCCCAUAUCCGCACGCAAAAAGCUCCGGUCUAACUUGACUACUGUCACUGAAAGCUUGGCGACAAUGUUGGCUCUAAUAACUGAAAGCUUUCUUAGUGGCUCCGAGGAGGAACUCCAGACUGAAGAGUUCACCAGCACGGCUGCGCGCCAUAAGAAAGCAUAUGCGCAGCUGGACAAGCUUGUAAGGGAGGCCAAGCUUGAGCAUUUCGUGGCAGGCACGGAGAAGGAGUACCGGCUGGAGAAGAAGUUAGUUCGUUGGGUGCAGGACAUUACUCAUAAUAUGGGUGGUCUACGCAGUGCAGCCCAUCUGCAAUUUCAAUUGCUUAAACCAACGGAACUUGCAAAGCUACAGAGCCACGGCCCCGAAACCGGCACUAUGCCGUUGAUAAGUCCGUGGUCCCUUCAUGAAGACGGGCCGUUCCUGGAACGAAUCGAUGAGCAACCAGACGAAGAAGACAGACUUGGGGCUACUGAUAUGAAUGCCACCAAUGGUAAUCCAACGAAUCCCCUGCAUCCGGCAGAUAUAUUUGCCCUCUUUAUCAGCCAUCUCGGGCCUUCUAUGCGCUCGCUUGCGUUUACCCUCAAAGAAAUAUUCCGAGACAUCCCGUUUACUCCCGCACCUGAAUUUAGAGUUUCCGUCAACAGUCGAUACCGGACGAGUCUAGAUCGUGCGCUUGAGCUCUAUAGAGAGUCGCGCGAAGAAGCACUCAAGACUAUCUAUAGACAACGUGAGCUCACAGGGGUACAGGAGCUAGAAGUCGAAGCUGAUUUGGAAGAGGUUUCUGCAAGCUGUGGACACUUCAGUUUCUCCUUACUCGAGUUUGGUGAGCAAUUGAAAGAGCUUUUAGCUAUCUUGGAUGAACUACAGCUGGAAAGUGAGGAAAGACCGACAGGGAGAUCUUGGAGCUGGCUUAAGUUUUGGCGAUGGGGAGGUUCUGGAGCGAGGAAUAAGAAUAACCCAGAUGUAGAGCAGCCGUUAGCUUCAACGGCCGAUGACGCAGGUGUAGCACCUCAGCGAGAUAUGGCUAGCUCACCAGAGUCAUCCCUUAGCCCGUCAACGGCCAAGAUUGAAAGAGUCACCUCUGCCGAAAAGCGUCUCGGCUAUCGUCUUUGGAGGUCACUGGGGUUCUUCCGCCGCGAUGAUACAAAGUUCGCGAUCAAAGUCGGGGCAGGUGCUGCACUAUAUGCCUUGCCAUCAUUCCUCCAAUCUACUCGGCCCUUCUAUUCCCAUUGGCGAGGUGAAUGGGGGCUCUUGUCCUACAUGUUGGUAUGUUCCAUGACGAUUGGUGCCUCCAAUACUACGGGGUAUGCACGGUUCUUGGGUACAUGCCUGGGAGCACUGUGUGCCAUUCUUUCAUGGUACGUGAGUGCAGGAAACGUGUUCGCGCUCGCCUUUCUGGGGUUGCUUAUGGCGACUUGGAACUUUUACCUCAUCAUCGUCCGCGGCCAAGGUCCAAUGGGCCGAUUUAUCAUGCUCACCUACAACCUCUCAGUGCUGUAUGCCUAUUCACUUACUCAGAAGGAAGGCAGGAACGACCAAGACGAAGGGGGCGAUAGCCCGGUCAUUACUGAAAUCGCCCUUCAUCGAGUCGCGGCUGUCUUGUCAGGCUGCGUGUGGGGUAUCAUCAUCACGCGAGUCAUAUGGCCGAUCAGCGCCCGGGAGAGAUUGAAAGAGGGCCUGAGCCUGUUAUGGCUCCGGAUGAGUCUGAUCUGGAAGCGCGGCCCUUUGUCCACAAUGGCCUUCCCCAAGGAGACUGCAGGCUUCAUGAGUCCUCGGGAGAAGUUGGAGGUGGAGCGGUUCCUGUCGCAUCUGGAGUCCCUUCAAGCCUCUGCGCGAUCUGAGUUUGAGUUGAAAAGCGCCUUCCAGGAUGCAAGCUAUGGCAAUAUUCUGCGGCGCACCCGGAGCCUGGUGGAUGCAUUUGUCGCCAUCAACUUGGAGUUGGUUAAGAACAUGACCGCAUCGGAAGGGGAACUCGCUAUACUUCGGUACACGGUCAAAGAAAGGCAACAGUUAUCCUCCCGCAUCAGUCAUCUGUUAUCUGUUAUGGCCUCCUCGAUGAAGCUGGAGUAUCCAUUGAGCGACGUCCUCCCCAGCGUGGAGCAUGCUCGAGAUCGGCUCCUCGCGCGGCUCUUUCAUUAUCGCAAGGACACUGAAAUGUCACGACUAUCAACGGACGAAGACUAUGCCCUGCUUUACGCUUAUAUUCUGGUGACGGGGCAAUUAUCGCCCUCGCAAACCAUGCAGAUCGAUCCGGCUGCUCUGAGUCGGACAGACUCGGCCUCCAAUACAAUAGCCUCGUCUAAAAGCACUGCUCCAAAUGCUCCGCCAACGCAGAAGUCUACCAAAGCCCUCAUUUCCGUGCCGCGCCUGGAUCUUGAGCCCAUCUACACCGAGCUGAAGGCCGCCAUCGGCGACAAUUGGGCUGACUACAAGGAAGCUACUUCCCUCUUUCUUCUAGGACAACUGAACCAAAGCGAAUUGUCGUCGCGAGUCGAUCAUAUAAUAUGCGCCGAUCAAAAAACCGAGCAUCUACAUAACAAUUUCGUAUGCGCAAUCAUUGGCAAUCUUACACGGGAUCUUCCGGAUCAUGGUGUCGCAAGUUGGGUGUCGGCGAACGACAAGCCGUCCGUCGUGUCAAAGCCGACAUCGGGCGAUGCCGCUGAACAAAGGCUCAAGACGGAGGUUAUGCAACUCCCUCCCCGGGAUCGUCGACGAAUCAAAGCUAUUCCCGAGCGUGACCCCCAUGAACUGUCGCCGAACGAACUGGAGGAAUAUCAUCUGGCGAAACAGAUCAAGUUGCCAAGUCAAGUACCAGCUAGUGCGGGCGGGUUGAAUAAGACAAACUGGGAACUCGAAAUUCGAAAACGAUAUGCACAACCUCUGGCGUCAGAGUCCGGCGAAUUCCCGGACGCCGAAUCUAUCCACGCACGUAUGGUUCCCAUCUGCUACGAAGAAUCCAUUGUCAGUGGUGCAAGCCUUCCCUGUGCCGAGUUCAUGGCGAUCGCAACGGAGACUUUUGUCAAGGAAGUUCUAUCCGUAGUGUUCUCACGGACGAGAUCGAACGGCCCUUCAGGGACAAUAAACGGCAUGAUGAUGCGCAAGUACCGACAGCAGCUCGAAAGUGAGGAACUGGCUUUCACGCGAGGAGAGAUCGUCAAGGAUAGCGCGACCGGUCUUCUCCCAGUCGAGGCCAAGGAGGCAAGCACCCGAAAACCCUUGGGCGUGCGAGAUCUCCGAUUAUCCUUGGAACUCGGCGGCGGUGUCCUGAAUCAUAUGCCUCUACUCGUGGAUCAAAUCAUGGGUGGGUAUCUCGAGGAUGAGUUAGAAACAGACAAACAGGACCGGGUCGAGGAGGUGGUCGACGUCCCCGACGCAAAGCCCGACAGUUUCAUGGACGAAAUGGACGUGGACGAGGCGGAAUUCGACUGGGAAGGCGGGACAGUCACGGAUCGGGAGCAAUUGGGUGCCUUGCUGGAUGAAUGUUUGUCGAUGGCCUCGUGA